AUGGAGGACAGUGAAGGGGUCCAUGAUUAUAUCUCUCGUGUUCUCACUAUUGUUAAUCAAAUUUGGGAACUUGGUCACAAGCUUGGACAGUCAGAGGUAGUGUCUAAGGUCUUGAGGAGCUUAGCAGCAAAAUUCGACUUUGUUGCAGUGGCAAUUGAAGAGUCUAAGGAGAUUUCAAAGUUCAUACUUGAUGAUUUCAGUGGGACAGUGCAAGCUCAUGAGGUGAGAGUUAACCGUGCCUCGGCUAAGUUUGGUGAGAAAGCUCUUCAUGUGAAGGGUGAGUCCACAAGUGCCAAUCAAAGCAAGGAAGAAGCCUCAGUGAGCUCCUGGGAUGAUGGCAGGGGUCGUGGGAGAUCCUUCACUCGUGGGAGAGGAAGAUGUCGCUUUGGCUGA